AAUAGGAUGGUGAUGAUGAAGGUAAAUUUGGCGAUGAUGAAAAUAUCACAGGUUCAGGUCAACUGAACCCUGGAAUUUUCUCAUCUGGUAUCAAUGUUGUAGCACACGAGGAUAUGGAGCCUAGCUCAGUAAAACUUCUUAGUGGUUCUGCGGUCCAUAGCACGAUGGGCAGCGGUAUGGGUUCUCACAACUUUGAGGCUGUUCCGUCUUCGUUUUCUUCGGCACCAGCUCCUGAACUGCACGUUCCAGAAUAUUCCAGUGUUCCCAAAAUUAGAACUAGGAGUGCAUGCACAAUCUUUGUCUUCAACUUCGGAUCGCAUUAUAAAUACCACGGCAGAACUUUCACUGACUACCAAAGAUUUAUAAUUCAAAAAGGGUUAAUUGAUUUUUGUCCAGGGUUUUAUUAUUAUGGUCUAAUUUAAUUUUUGGGAUUUUUUUUUGUCAGUGAGGUUUAAUUCCUAAAGAUUCGGAUUAUGAUUGUUUGGGAUAGUUUAAGAUAGAAUUAUGAACUACAAGAACUUCGGGAACCAACCUGCGGCUGCAGCGGAGGCUGGCGGCGGGGGCGCAAGGCCACCGGGGAGCUUCCAUUUAACUCGACAAGGGUCAAUAUAUUCAUUGACUUUUGACGAGCUACAAAACACUAUGGGUAGUAGUAUCGGUAAAGAUUUCGGGUCUAUGAACAUGGAUGAGCUGCUAAAGAGCAUUUGGAAUGCUGAAGAGGUUCAAACAACAGGGAAUAACACCGCCAACGGUGUGCAAGAAGGUGGCGGUGGUGAUGGGGGAGAGGUUAUACAACGGCAAGGGUCGUUAACCCUUCCGAGAACAUUGAGCCAGAAGACGGUUGAAAUUGAUCCGCUUACAAACCCGAACCGUCAAUGCAUAAAAGGGUCAGUUUUGGUUUUGAAAUUGGUAAGAAUUCGGUCGCGCUCACAGUUUAAGUCUUGCUCGGUCAGAAUCAAUGCUCACCCCUAGCCAUUGAGUUAGUUAUUAAAGUUCAGUCAGUCAUACAACACUGAUGUUAGGAUCCUAAUUAAAAGAUUGUGCUAUUUGGUUUAACCAAAACAUAUCAUCAUAUGCAUAGGAUAUGUAGAAGCAUAUGGCCUUACAAAGCAUUUUGAUCUUCACCAUGUGAAUAUUAGAUUUUUUUUUCCCGUUUAGUGAAUUAUAACUUACUUAUCUGACAACACUCAGCAUAUAGAAAGGAACUACCAAUAACGAUUAUGAUUUACCUUGCAGGAAUGUUUAUCCUAACUUACUUAGUCAUGCCUUAUAUGGCGCCCUUUUCUAUCAUUUAUGUAGGGACACUAUCACUUACUUGAAGAGUUAUGUCUGCAGUCAAGCAAAGCUAUGGUGAAAAAAAUGCUUGUACAGUGUCUCUUAAAAGUUAGAUUUACCCAAGAGCUCAUAAAUGUUCCUAUCAGCAGUGGCGGACAUAAGGCUUACCGGGGGGCAACCUCCGCUACGGCUUGGCGCGGAAAAAUUUGGAAAAAUUAG